AUGGAGGGCUUGAUUCCCGUGAUCGGCAAGCUGCAGGAUGUGUUCCAGACAGCCGGGCAGCACACAGGCAUCGACCUGCCACAGAUCGUCGUCGUUGGAUCGCAGAGCUGUGGCAAGAGUUCUGUGCUGGAGAACAUUGUGGGGCGCGACUUCUUGCCCCGCGGUAUUGGCAUUGUCACGCGCGUGCCGCUCAUCAUUCACCUCAAGGCCGUGCCUCCGCUCAAGGAACGAGGCCAUAGCCAUGCAAUGCCACACGUUGAGGAGUGGGCCAAGUUCCUUCACACGGGCACCAAAGUGUUUGAGAACUUUGAGGACGUCAAGCAUGAGAUCAGCCGCAGAACUGUCGAGAUCACAGGCGCCAACAAGGAUGCGCUGAAGAAGGAGGAGCAGUUUUUCAAGACGCACUACCCGCUGCUGGCGCGGCGGUGCGGCACACCGCAUCUCUCUCGCACUCUCAACACCAUCCUCCUCCAUCGCAUUCGCGGCUCCCUUCCAGUCCUGCGCAACACCAUCAUGCGCAAACAGUCUGAGACGAAGCAGCUGCUCGACCGGCUUGGCGGCGCGAUGGUCUCUGCCGCAGACAAGGGCCACUUCCUCCUCACCAGCCUCACUCAGUUUGCGGACACCUUCAACCUCUGCAUCUCAGGUACGCACACGGCCGGGCACCGCACGCUCCCCGACAAUCUUCCGCUGGACGCCGGCGCCACUGUCUUUGACAUCUUCUUCAAGCGCUUCGCCGGCUCGCUCGAGGCCAUCCACCCGCUGCGAGACCUGACGGACGAGAAAAUUCUGCAGGAGAUCAAGAACACGGUUGGCCCACGCCCGCUGCUGCUCGUCCCCGAUCGCGCCUUUGAGAGUCUCGUCAAGCGCCAGAUACAGCGCCUCGAGCUCCCGAGCCUGCAGUGCGUGGAGGACAUCAAGAACCACCUCUCGUCCGUCCUCACAGCCAUCUGCCACCAGGAGUCUCUGCGGUACUUCCCCGCGCUGACGCGGCGCGUGCAUGACGUGGCAAUUGGGUUCCUCAGCGCGUGCAUGCCGGAUGCGCUUGGCAUGGUGCGCAACCUGAUUGCGAUUGAGGUUGCGUACAUCAACACGGACCACCCGGAGUUCCAGCAGGAAGAGACCAUGGAAGCCAUUCUGCAGAACUGCUUCAAGCACAAGCCCGACGACGACCCGCUCUCCCUCGUCACAAAGGCCCUCGCAAGCCAAGAUGUGGACGAGAGCCUGAAGCCCGUGUCCUCCACAGAGACGUCAAGCGCUCCCAAGGACACGAGCAACGGCGGGAGCAAAUAUUUCCCGAGCAUUUUCUCGAGCCGGGCGACACCGGCGCCGACAACGCCGACAAAGGCGAGCAAGGAGUCAUCGAGUGGACUCGACAAGAUGGUCGCCGCACGCGCAGCCGUCGCAGCAAAGGAUGAGACUGCCAUUGGCAAAGAUAAGUGGCAAGUGGACAUGGUGAAGACGCUCAUCACCAAGUACUUUGCAAUCGUGAAGCGGAACGUUCUCGACUCUGUUCCAAAGGCCGUGAUGCACUUCCUUGUGAACCGGCUGCAGCGGGACCUGUCGAAGCAGCUGGUGAGCACGCUGUACCAGAACGACCUCUUUGACGCGCUGCUUGAGGAGGAUCCUGAGAUGGAACGGCAGCGGCGAGAGGCGCAGGCCCUCAUGGACGCCCUCACAAAGGCCAUGCAUAUCAUCUCAGAGGUUGACGAAACCAGCUUCAUGUGAUGGGUGACGUGGCGCGAUGACGACACUUCACACCACCACACCACACCACACACAUCACUUCACACCACCACACCACACCGCA